GGGCGGCGCGGCCGGCGAUUGGCCGGGUGCGUGUGUGCGCGGUGACGCGUGUCGCGGCGGUGCGGGUCCCGAUUGCUGCAGCCGCUUGUCAGUGUGACGAAGAUUGGCACCCAGCAGCUGGUUGCUUCAGUCUCACUUGUUAAAAGGUCAUCAUCUGGACCAAGUAGUUAUGCAUGAUGCAUCCCACAGCAGUAGGUGAUGGGAGGUAGGAGAGCAGCCUGAGGAUUUCCUUCUGCAAUGCCAAGAGCUACCUGGAGGCAGGAUACCUAGCAUGCUGAGGUUUCUGUCCUCUACGUUGUACAUUAGUGGGAUCACUCCGCUGGAACAAGAUAAUGUUAUCUUCAGUCCAUUGAAGGAAAGGGAAUAUUUGUUCAUACUUAUGAUGAUUUGACAUAACUAAUGUUUUAUUAACCAUGAUGGCAACACAGACAUUAAGUAUAGACAACUAUCAAGAUGGACAACAGAUGCAAGUAGUAACAGAGUUAAAAACUGAACAAGAUCCCAACUGCUCUGAAACUGAUGCAGAAGGGGUGAGUCCUGCCCCUGUAGAAUCUCAAACUCCAAUGGAUGCAGACAAGCAGGCCAUUUACAGGCACCCACUAUUUCCCUUGUUAGCACUAUUAUUUGAAAAAUGUGAACAAUCUACACAAGGCUCAGAAGGUACAACUUCUGCUAGUUUUGAUGUAGAUAUUGAAAAUUUUGUAAGGAAGCAGGAGAAAGAAGGAAAACCCUUUUUCUGUGAAGAUCCAGAAACUGAUAAUUUGAUGGUAAAAGCAAUCCAAGUUCUACGUAUCCAUCUGCUUGAGCUAGAAAAGGUUAAUGAACUCUGUAAGGAUUUCUGUAGUCGUUACAUUGCCUGCCUGAAGACAAAAAUGAACAGUGAAACUCUAUUAAGUGGAGAGCCUGGAAGUCCUUAUUCACCUGUGCAAUCUCAGCAAAUUCCAAGUGCCAUCGCAGGCACACUCAGUCCCCAAGGGAUUAUGGUGCCAGCAUCAGCAUUGCAGCAGGGAAAUGUAACUAUGGCAACAGUAGCAGGGGGGACAGUGUAUCAGCCAGUCACAGUGGUCACUCCACAAGGUCAAGUGGUGACACAAGCACUGUCACCUGGGACUAUUCGGAUUCAGAACUCUCAGCUUCAGUUGCAAUUAAACCAAGAUCUAGGCAUCUUGCAUCAAGAUGAUGGCUCAUCGAAAAAUAAGAGAGGAGUUCUUCCCAAGCACGCUACAAAUGUGAUGAGAUCUUGGCUUUUUCAGCACAUAGGGCAUCCAUAUCCAACAGAGGAUGAGAAGAAACAGAUUGCAGCACAAACGAAUCUGACACUACUCCAGGUUAACAAUUGGUUUAUCAAUGCUAGAAGGCGAAUUCUUCAGCCAAUGCUGGAUUCCAGUUGUUCUGAAACUCCAAAAACAAAGAAGAAAACAGCUCAGAACCGACCGGUUCAAAGGUUCUGGCCUGACUCCAUUGCCUCAGGAGUUGCUCAGCAGCAAUCUAACGAGCUCACGAUGUCGGAUGGUGCUGUUGUAACAAUUACAGCUCCAGUCAACAUGAAUGUAGACAGUCUCCAGUCUUUGUCAUCCGAUGGUGCUACUUUGGCUGUUCAGCAAGUUAUGAUGGCAGGGCAAAGUGAGGAUGAGUCUGUAGACAGCGGUGAAGAUGAUGGAGGAGAUCUCUCAACAACAAAUAUCAGUGGGCUGGUCUUGGAUAACAGCGAUUCUCUGCAGUAGGAAGCAAGAGAGUGUGACAAAAUGUUUAGGAAAAAGAAUGGACUGACUGACUGACUGUUUUUAUAGUUUGCACAGCAAACAUUUUACACAAGUUUUAUUUCUAAUAUGUUUUAUAUGUAGAUAUAGAAGGGUGCACUUUUUUGUAUUUCAUAGUAAGCUUAAAGAGUGUUUUUGCAGGUGCAGCAACUUCUUUCAAAUGUGUUUUUUCAUUUCUUAUUUCAGAAAAUUUUAUCUAGUAAUAUAAAGAACCACAUAAGCACCCCUUUGUUAUAUGAAUUGGAAGUGCUGCAAUUUCUAAAGAAUUAUGCAGUUUCAAUUAGUGCUGUUAUUUAACACAGCUCUUGAUGGGCAGGUGAUGUAAAUUUAAAGCAUGUGACACUAGUGUGUGGAACUUGAUCGUUAAGUUAGAUGCAUAUAUUUGAAAGAUGCUUCUGCACCUUAAAAACUGCUAGUCUGAGGUGGACAGCAACACACAUAAAAAGAAAAUGUUGAUGUGUGAUUCAGUAGCGAAUGUAUGGCAAUUUAAAUAAGUUUAGUUUCUCUCAUAGUCUGUGAGCCUGUUUAUCAUUUGCUAUAAAAACUCCUAUUUUUACCUUGCUGGGGUUAUUGGAUAAAAAAUAUUUUUAUAAAUUCACUAGGAAUUGGGAUGACGACUGUAUUAAGCAGGACGGGGAAAAAAAAAAAAAAAGAAUUUCCAGAGGGGAAAAAAUAAAUAUUUAGUAUUCCUAUUUGGAAGGUCUGAAAACUGACCAAAUUUAAUAAACAAGCCUACGCUAGCAUUCUAUGAUUCUCAGCUAUCCCACAGUGAUAUAUUAUAUUUGAUAAUAGCAUAAGAACAGCCCACUGUUUGAUGGGAUUUUGAUAUUGUCAAACAUUGAUUUAUAUUAUGUGUAAACUAAUAUUCAGAUUACAUUAACUCUGUGUCUAGACUUGUAUCUGAAGAUAUUUGCUAAAUGAGUAUUCAGGUAAGUAAAUUCAAAUACCCACAAUUUUUCCAGUUAUUAGAGAAAUUUAGCAGUUUAUAGUUUGUACAACUGAAUCUGAAAAAUGAAAAGUUGCCUACUAUAUGCUCAUGAAUUCUGCUAUCACUCUGCUAUUAUAUUGCAUUUUAAAUAUUUUCCCCUAAUACAAAAAGAAAUAUAACUUAUGGAUUUAUAUAAAAUUUCUUCAGAUCUGAAGGAUACUACCAGAUUAUACAGCAGGCUUUAUUAGAGUAGAAAUCCUUGUGUGUCAUUUAAAAACUAAGAGGUAGUGAUGACAAUGCU